AUGAGCGCGGAGCAGCUGCGGCUGUUGCGGGAGCGGAUCCGGGAUUUCCCGGACUUCCCCGCGGCGGGGGUGCUGUUCCGGGAUAUCAGCCCACUGCUGAAGGACCCAGAGGCGUUCAGGACUGCAAUCGAUAUCCUGGAAGCUCACGUGAAGGGCAAGCAUUCCCAGGUGGAUUUCAUUGCAGGUCUGGAUUCGCGAGGCUUCCUCUUUGGACCAGUUCUGGCUCAGCGACUGGGCGUCGGGUUUGUGCCGAUCCGCAAAAAGGGGAAGCUCCCGGGCCGUACGGAGUCUGUCUCCUACACUCUUGAAUAUGGCAAGGCAGAGCUCGAAGUUCAGAGCGACGCGGUGAACCCGGGCCAGAAAAUAAUCUUAAUCGACGACUUGCUUGCCACAGGAGGGACGAUGCGAGCGGCCUGCGAACUGAUGUCCAAGCUGAAGGCCGAGAUCCUGGACUGUGUGGUGCUCAUAGAGCUAAAAUUCCUCAAAGGGGCAGACGUGCUCAAGCUCUUCCCGCUGCAUUCAGUGCUGCAGUACGACUGAGGCGUAGUGGGAG